AUCAGUUAUCCUUAGUUCUUGCCCCCACUUUGACUAGAUUCCUCUGCCCUUCCUACCUACCUUGUCAGUGUAUUUAAUGCCCUGAUUUCCGAUAAACAUCUCUCCAUUACAUAUGACUUUCCAUUUUACACGUGCUUCCCCCACAUGCGCUUGGUAGAUGUCUCUUUUCUUGUGCCCGCGUCAUAGAGGAUUGUUGGGUGCUUCACCCUGCUCCGUCCUUGGUAGGUUUUCAUCCGAGAUCAUGCCACGUAUGCUUGAAAGUUAUUUGCUACUACAUUUAUGCCCCUUAUUCCGUUCGUGUGCUCAGCACGAUGGGAAGAAACUGCUUCGUCUUCCACGAUUCUUAGCAUGUCGUGUAUUCCGCUCAUCUGUCUCCCAUUGUCUCCCCCUUUAUGACCCGUUACCUCCUCCGCCGAUUGUAACUGCCUGAGUUAUAAAUGCGAGUGAUAAACCCUUGGGUUUUUAUUCUUUCGUUUUAUCCUUCUCUCUUCACUUAAGAACCAACAUUCUCUGCAACUCCGCCUCUGCAAAUCUCUUUCCUUCUCUGUUAUUCUUUCAAUCUUCUUGUCCUCUAUCAUUACUUUAGUUCUUUCGCUGAUUUUGUUGUGUUGUUGCUACCGACCUUGUCCUUUGCCGUCUUCAUCACCCUCAACGUUAUCAAUUUUCGAUUCUCACUAUUUUUAAUGGCCUCUUCAUCUCCUUCUAUGACAGAAAAAAGGGUUGAGAAGAGAUCCCAGAAGAACCUUACCGAUGCUCAAUUUAUAAUCAAUUGAAGGAUGAUUACAACCUUCACAACUAUGAUAUUCAGCUUGUGUCGGGUCAGAAAGACUUAUUGAAGAAGGAGAAUGUUGGAGAAUUUUCUCAUUCUCCCGAGGCGACUUUCAUCACUAAGGGCCAGCUCGAACUCGGGUUGCGUCUUCCAUUAUACGACCCGAACCGACCCUUUUCCUAUGAGGUUCUGUCUCAGCUUCACCCUUUUCGGGCCUUGGCUCAAUGAAAUGGAAACACAUUUCGUCUUAUGGUCGAGUGGAAAAGACGGGGAAGGGGUGAGUACUCCAAGACCCCUUGGUCGACAUAUGAUCCUUCUCACGCAAUCAAAUAUACUUAUGCCAGCUUCCCAGGAAAUUAUCGGAGUGAAACUGCCUCUCUUGGUGAUCUCGAUGGUUUUGCUGCAAGUUCUUAUCGUAAUAAGGUUCCCACCAAUAACUUUGAAAAGUUGAUGUUGUAUGAAGAUCCCGAGGGUGGUCACAAUACCAACAAGCAUGCUCGUCACACCAACGACUCUGUUUGGGGUCGAGUCCCUCUUGCCGACCGUGGUUCCAUCUUAAGCGGCAAGUUUCCUCCUCCCGAUUUCCUUGCUGAGCCCUAUCAGUUCUGGAUAGUUAAUGCCGAUCAGGUAUCAAUGUCUUUAUUGGGUCUUCUUUCCUCGGGUCUUCGUCUUCGGGUAACAACAAUUUUCAGAGGUCUUUGUUUUUGCAUCCCAAGACUCAGAGUACUCAGCCUAAGACUCAAAAUACACGAAAGAGAAGUUCUGGCAUUAGGACUGAGGAAGAUGAGUGAAGAAUUCCAAGACUGGGGACGAUGAUGUGGAAGGUUGUAUUGGGAAAGCUGGUGAGGAUUUAGACGAUCGUCUUCCGUUAUCGCGAUUAAUACCAAAAAUGUUGGUCAAGAAGAAGAAUUAUGACGUCUCGUCUGCCGUUGUAGGUGAUCAUUCCGAGGGUAGUGGCAAAGGAUCUAAGGGUUAUAAGACUGCCCCAGGGAAAAAUGUGCCUCCGUCGUCUAAGACGGCUUCCUCUGGCAAAGGAACUGUCCUUCCUCAUACUAAUGUGGUUGUAGUGAUGUCGGAUGAUGAUAGUGAAAACGAUGAAUUCUUUGGUUCAGACGUUGAGGUUGAAGGGUUGGGUGGAGGGGAGGAAUGGAAAGAACCCGAGAUCCCUGCUCCUAAAGAAAACAUUCAUACUUCCUACCGAGAUGAGGUAGUGGAGAAUGUGGAGAGGAAUGCCCCUAACAAAGAUAUGUUAAAGGUCGUGCCCCUGUAUGGUCCUUCCAUGAGGGAUUCCAUCAACAUUAUGGCCGAGAAUCAGAGGCUUAUCGGGGCAGCAAUUCGUCAGAAGGAGUAUGAGGAGAUGUCGCGUCACAUGACCCAGCUGCAAGGGGAGCAAGAGAGUGCUCGGGAGCUUGAGAGGCAGCUAAAUGAAGCUAAAGUUAUGUUAUCCUAUUCUUUCGUUCUUUGAUUGAUACGAUAGUGCCAAUAUCCUGAGUUUAGUGUUGUCUUAUAGCCGAAAUAUCUAUCUUAGAAAAGGACUCCCCCUCCGAAUAUCGUCGUUUGUCUAUGAAAUUGAAUGCCGAAGAAGGCCAUGUUGCUACGUUUCAACAUAAAAUUUACAACAAGGAUGGUAAAAUAGACCGCCAAUCUAUUGAGAUCGAUGGGCUCCGAGCCGAGUUAUUGCGGUAUCAGAGGUUUGAGUAUGUACCCGAGGAAAUAGACAAUCUCCGAGCCAAGUUGUCCAGACUUCAGAGGGUUGCUGCUGAUAGACUAGUGCUAGCCGAAAAUUUAGAGGGUCAGUGAAAUUAUCUUCAUUUGCAGAAUAGGGACCUUCACUCCGAUCGUCGACGUCUCUCCCAAUUAAAAGAUGAGGCUGAGACUACUGUCCAACAACUAGGGGAUAGGGUUCGUGCAUUUGAUCAGACAAGUCGAGACUUAGAGUGGACUCAGCUCUAGUUGUUGGGUCUUCAAGCUGCUCACCAUCGUCAGCAAGCUUCAUGUAGUGAGCAUAAGAAACAUUUCCCCACCAAUGAAUUCAAUGAGAAGCAGUAUAACGAGCUGGUAUUGAAAAUGAGUGAACUUGAGAUCAAUCUUUCUAAGUCUGAAGAAACUCUGAAAUUAGUUUUACCCACACUUUCAGGUCUUUAUGCAUGUUUUAUGCUUUUUUGUUACUUCGUUUUACUAUUUGCGCGGGUGAUAACAUGCGAUUCUUUUGUUUCGUGCAGCUGAGCAAGGGAAAGUUCGGACUCUGGAGAAUCAUGUUGUCCAGCUGCAGCAGAAUGAGACUCUUCUGAAUACCAAGUUGAAGGAGGAUGCCACUGAGCUCGAGGACGAAAAAAGAGGCAUGAGAGCGAGCUUGCCGAAAAGUUCAAGUAGGGUGUGAAGGAGUUCAUAAAUAUGAGGAAGGCCAAGAUUGCCGAGAAGGGUACGAGGUCGAGCUCGGGUGCUCCCAAAUAAUAGUUUGUGCCUUUUGUAGUGCUGCGUCAAUAUUAUGCCCUUUUUUCUCGGACUGUAACUUCUGUUUUAUUUGAAAACCUUUAAAUUUGGAUGAUUUAUUUUAUAGGGUGUUGCGUCACCAAUUGGUUC